AUGGAUCAUAAAAAUACACCCAAUCCGAAAUCACCACAAGGUUUCUUUGAACGACCAAUCAUAUUAUCACCUCCACCGUUGGAACAUGUAAUGCCAUUUGGUGUCCCAUCUCAAGAUAUGGCAGCAGCAGCAGCCAACACUGCUACCAAUCCAACAACCACUACUAGUAACAAUAGUACUGCGCCAUCAUCUGGUGUAUCCACAGGCAAUACUUCACAAAGACAACAAAGUAUUGGAUAUAAUUUACAACAUGAAUUUGAAACAUUAAAUGCUGAUUUAGAUUUAGAUUUAAAGAAUAAUCAACAAUUAAGAUUUAUUGCUUCCCAUAGCGUUCCUUCAAUCGAACAACAAAUUCAUGCUGCGUCUAACAAUAACAAUAGUCUACCAGCAUUGACAGGAACUCAUAAACAGCAUCAACAACCACAUCCAACAAAGCCUGGUUUAUUAGCUCCGGCAGCUUCUAAGUAUGGAAUGGGUUCUGAAUUAUUAGGCACAUCUUCUUCUGGUGCCACUAUUCCAAUUCUUAGAGAAUCGGCAUUAUCUCCAAUUCAACCAGGAAAUGCGUCUGGUGGUCUUGCAUCGUUAUUGAAUAAUGGUUCAAGUACUACCACAGAAAAUAAUACUAGCAGUGGCGGGUUUUUACCACCUCCAUUAGCAUCGAUUCCAAACCGUCCUCAAUCAGUUAAUGAUUUUAGUAAUAUUUUCAGUCGCAAUGAUCAGCAACAUCAUUUAGCACAAUCAUUCCAACAACAACAAUAUAAUCAACCUGGUUCUCAUUUACAUCCCCAACAACACACACAGCAACCAACUACUCAAUCUAAUUUCUUCCUGGAUUUAUUAGUAUUUAGCAACUGGAUUGAAAAUUUAAAUCCUCAAGAUACGAUUACUAUGAUUGAAUAUUUAUGUAAUAGUUUACCGGUAGAUAUUUUAUUGACAUUUAAAUCAAAGUUGGAUAAUCAUUUACAAGCAUCAAAACAGCAGCAACAGGCGCAGCCACAACAGGGUGGAUAUAAUGUUAUCCUGGGAUAUAAUAAUGCCUAUUCACAAGAUAUAUAUCAGGAAAUGGAACAACUCAAUCUUCAAGAUAAAGUGCAACAACAACAAACUCAGCAAUUACAUCAACCCAAACCAAGAAGCAAACCGAUUGGAUUUAGACAAAGUGGACAAUAUCUUAAUUUAAUGGAAAAGAUAUCCCGUCCAAGAUCUGCCGAACCAUCGCUUAAUAACAGAUAUGGUGGAUUACUCCCCCAACAACAACAACAACAACAACAAUUCCAACAGCAACAACUUGAUAGGGCAAAAUCGCCUACUUCUCAUUUAUUCGAAAAGACAAAUUUCCUACAAUUGGCAGCCACUUCAAAUCAACCACAACACCUCCAACAACAUCUCCAACCCCAACAAUCCCAACAACAAUCCCAGCAACAACAAUAUGGAGGAAAUCAAUCAUCGACCCAACAGACCCUCUCCCCAUCCGGGAAGGGUACAACAGGGGAUGACCCGUCAUUAGACUUAUCCAGCCAUUUAAAACUCGGAGCAUUAGCCACGAUAAAUUCCCGAGUCGCAUUGGAUUCAAAUCGAAAACAUCAUCCAGGUGGAAGCAGUGGGGCAUGGAAUACCAAUGCUCCACCUGCAUCCCAAAAGCAGCAGGUACAGAAUAGGUUGAAUUAUGAGGAAUCGAUUAAUCGGGGCUUGAAUUCUUCUAGCGUGCCUGCGAAUAUCCAUCGGUUGAAUAUGACUGGGAAUAAUAGCAAUAAUAUGAAGGCUGCUCAGGGGAUGAAGAAGAAGACCAGCGGGGGGCAAUUAUCACCCCCGGCUGCGAAUAGUGGUGGUGGUAGUGGUGGUGGUGCUGGUGGGACUACUAGUUCAUCUAUGCCGGCAGAAGUCACCAAUAUUGAGUUAUUAAACAAUGUACCUGCCUGGUUGAAGUUAUUGAGAUUGCAUAAAUAUACUGAAUGUCUUAAGGAUAUCCCCUGGCGAGAAUUGAUUGAGUUGGAUAAUGAUGAAUUAGAGGAAAGGGGGGUGGCUGCAUUAGGUGCGAGGAGAAAGUUGUUGAAGGCGUUUGAUGUUGUGAAGAGUAGUUUGGAAGAUAAGAAGAAGAAUGAAAAUGAAGCUAUUUGA